CGCUUCACAAACAGCUGCUGUCGCGAACAAGGACACCACCUGUGAAGUGACGGCUUAAACAUGGUCCUCCGCGCUCACCAAGGGACAAACCAGCGCCAGCGACCAGUUCACGGCCGAGUGGAGUCAUGACGGAGGAGCGAUGCCCGCAACUAGUGGACUACUUCGUGGUGGCCGGGCUGGACCCGCGCGGGCCCUGGCAACCCCUGGAGGAGGAGGGCAGAGGUGCAGGGGGAGGGAGGGGGGUGGACCCUGUCACAGACCUGGUGGUGAUCGCCCGCGGGCUGGGAGAGGGAGUGCCCGAAGGCUUCACCUGCAUUGAGCGGACACUAGGGGGCCACUCUGCCGAGCUGAGCGCUGGGCUCAUAAACAACCCUCAUCUAUUCCUCUGCUACAGACGUGGCCAUGACAAACCGCCAAUACUCGACCUGGGGAUUCUGUAUGAGGGGAAAGAGGCUCUAAGGCCAGGCUGGUUUGUGAUCGAGACCACACCUUAUAGUCGUUCAGCGUCUCUGAGCUCUGGAGGUCCCACUGCUCAUCGCGUCUUCAUCACCUACAGACGAGCGCUGGACUGCAGCCAGGGCCUCCAUGCUCUGGGGGUCACAGACAUCGCCCUGCUUCUGCCCGCCAAAGGAGAGAGCGCCCCACACACCUUCUCACGCGUCGACAAGAACCUCAACACCGGCAUGUUUGGUCCAGCCUUGUUCCUGUGCUACAAACGUGCCGUGGCUAAAGCUAAUGCCCUGGUGUACGAGGCCAACCUGAUCAGUCGGUACCCCUCUGAGGACCUAGACUCGUUUGCUCUCCCUGAGUCGGUGCCAGUCUUCUGUCUCCCAAUGGGUGUCACCGUCGAGAGUUGGCCCCAGAACUCAAAGUACCAGCUGCCCGUGUUCUCCACAUUUGUGCUCACCUCGGCCUCAGGGGACAAGGUUUAUGGUGCGGCGAUUGAGUUCUACGAGUCGUUCCCUUGUGAGCUCCUGUCCGAGCAGCAGUGUGUGCGGCUGGGUCUGCUCAGUGUGGUCGACCGCCGCCCUGUGUCGGGCCGAACACUCCACGUCAAGAAGUCCAUCUGCGUCCUCUCCCACUGGCCCUUCUUCUCAGUCUUCCAGAAGUUUCUAACAUUUGUUUAUCGCUACUCCAUUUCUGGACCUCAUGUACUUCCUAUAGAGAAACACAUCUCCAGCUUUAUGCACAACGUCCCUUUCCCCUCCCCCCAGAGGCCGCGCAUUCUCGUCCAGCUGUCACCGUACGAUAACCUUCUUCUAUGCCAGCCCGUGUCCUCUCCUCUGCCCCUCAGCGGUGCCAGUUUCCUGAAGCUCCUACAGAAUUUAGGCCCUGAGCACUGCUGCUGCCUCCUAGUGGCCACUUUGACUGAACACAAGCUGCUGCUCCACUCUCUGAGGCCGGACGUGUUAACCUCAGUGAGCGAAGCCCUCGUCUCUAUGUUGUUUCCUCUGCGUUGGCUCUGUCCCUACAUUCCCCUGUGCCCACUGCAGAUGUCGGAUGUGCUGCUAGCGCCGAUGCCUUUCAUCGUGGGGGUGCACUCCAGUUACUUUGACCUCCACGACCCCCCUUCAGAGGUCAUCUGUGUCGACCUGGACACCAACACCAUCUUCCAGUGUGAGGACAAGAAGCCGCUGUCCUGGAAGUCUCUCCCGAGGAAACAGGGAAAGAUGCUGUUUAACACCCUUAGCCAACUGCACAAGACCCUGGAGAAGAUUUGCUCCCCGGGCCAGGAGGAGGCAACUCUGGAGUUCCUGCUCACAGACUACGAUCAGAUUUACCGUCGUCAGAAGCAGUUGGAGCUGGAGAUUCAGGAAGCGUUUCUGCGUUUCAUGAGUUUACUCUUGAAGGGAUACAGAAGCUACCUGCUACCCAUCACACAGGCCCCCUCUGAUACCACUACUGACUGCAGCAACCUCUUCAACCUCCAAGGUUUCUUGAAGUCCAGAGAUCGCACUCAACAGAAGUUUUACACUCAGCUCACUCGCACGCAGAUGUUCACUCAGUUCAUUGAGGAGUGCUCCUUCGUCAGUGACCGCCACGCCUGCCUUGAGUUCUUUGACGAGUGUGUGCAGAAGGUGGAUGUGGAGCACCCAGAGGAAGUGUGUCUUGUGGACCUGGAGGAGUCUCUCUGUGGAGAGCACACAGUUUUCAUCAUGCCACCAGAGGAGCCCCAGGAGGCUGAUGGGUCAGAGACUCCUGCCCCCUACAGUUACGAGACUUUCCCAUCUUUGAAGAUGGAGCUGUUCGACCGACCUCAGGAUCUGAUCAAGGUCCAGACCAAAGGAAGCCCCGCCCCCAGUAGCCCCGCGCCUCGCAGGACAAAACAGGAGAUAAAGCUGGCUCAAAAGCGUGCUCAGAAGUACUCGGCUGUGCCUGACAUGUGGGCCAAGUGCCUCUUGGGGCACUGUUACGGACUGUGGUUCAUUUAUCUGCCCACAUUUGUGAGAGGAGAGAGUGGGAAAGUGCGAGCGCUGCAUGCCGCCUAUGAUGUCCUGAAGCACACAGAGACGCGGAGGGUGGUGCUGCCUGACGAGGUGUGUUAUCGGAUCCUGAUGCAGCUCUGUGGUCUAUACGGGCAGCCAGUGCUCGCUGUGAGGGUCCUGUUAGAGAUGAAAAGAGCCGGGAUCACACCCAAUACCAUCACCUAUGGGUACUACAACAAGGCUGUGUUGGAGAGUAAGUGGCCCUCCACCAAUCAGGGCGGCCGGCUCCUCUGGGCCAAACUCAGGAAUGUCCUAUUGGCUGUGGCCCAGUUUCGACAGCCAAUCAAACGACGGCAGAAGAGUGAUUCGCUGGGGUCACGAGAGUUCAUGUUUGACUCGGAUUGUAGGCCCCGCCCCCACUCAUCUCUGAUUCGACAGUCCAGUUGGAGCGGCUUGAGUGACAGCUCCAGUCACGAAUCACUGCCCGGCUCCAUCGUGAAGAGCAGCAGCCUCAGCAGCAUGAAGCCAACUGACAAGCUGAAGCUGCAGAGGAAGGCACAGGUCCAGAGCAGAGACCCUCGGAAGCCUCCUCUGGGCCCCACAGCGCCUCCUGCAGGAGGAGGAGGGGUGGUUCCGCGCAGUCAGGUCUGUCUCUCCACGUUCUACAAAGAGUGUGCAGAGAGCGAGUCGGAAUGUUGCCCUCCGCCCGGGAGAGACGCACGGCCGACCGUUGCGAGGGAGGGCAGCGCUGGUCGGAGUAAAGGUGUGGACGAAAACCAAAACAAUGUAUCAUCGCCAAAUCGUGGAGGAUUGGCGGGAAAACUGCAGCAGCUCCUGACUCCCACGAGGAAUCGCCUCUCGGUGCGGCGAACUGCGAGCAUGGACGAUCGUCGCAGGGGGGAGGGACCACGGAGAGACAGACCCAGCCGAAAGAGCCACGUCACUGAGACACUACUGAAGGCCAAAGAACGACUAGUCAACGCCAAUUCUGAGAGUUCGUUGUCUGUGGGCAGUGACUUGGACCUGUCGGAACUCCCGAGCCCAGCUUUCCCACUUCGGCGAUCCUGGGACUCCAGCCAAGAAGCAGCUGGACUGGAGAUCCUGAUGUCGAGCUGCUCUCUGUGCCGUUCUUGUGACUCCUUGGUUUAUGAUGAGGAGAUUAUGGCCGGGUGGAGCUCUGACGACUCCAACCUCAACUCCACCUGUCCCUUCUGUAACGCCCCUUUCGUCCCGCUCCUUAAUGCCCAAAUCUGCGACCCCGGGCCAGUUUGCAGCUCUGAGCGCAGUCAGUGGAACAUGGAGGAGGAGGUGCAGAGUGCAGUGAGACCCCCCAGUGCUCUAGACCCUCACAGAGCGCCACCCACAGGAGCUCAGUGUAAUGGCGUCAACGAAGAUUCAGAGGGCUCAGAGACCAGCAGCUGCUCCGAAUCCAGAGUAAACCAGGUGGCUGGGGGAGGGGUUUCUGCUCCGGUUGGUGGUACCUCGCCUCAGGUGGGUGAUCCCCAGGUGACGGUGGCAUACCUGAGUCCACUGGUGCUGCGUAAAGAGUUGGAGUCUCUGUUAGAGAACGAGGGCGAGUCGGUUCUGGCCCGGUCCACUCUCCUUGAGCAUCACUCCAUCCUCUUUUGGAACCUGCUCUGGGUCUUCUCCAGGCUCCAGCUGCCCUCACACCUGCUGCAACUGGUCCGGAGCUCCACGCUGGCCAGCCACUGUUCACAGGUGGAUAACCAGACUGUGAGGGUGCGUCUCUUGUGGGACACGUUGGCUCCAGACAUAGACCAGUGGCCUCCGCUUUAUGUGCUCUGGAGAAUACACAGUGGCGUGUCAAUGCGUCAGUUCAGCUGGAGGCGUCAUAACCACCCAUUCUCUCUGGGCUUUUUGGAGGAGGUGCUACGCUAUGUCGGCAUGAACGAGGUGCACAAGGCUGUGACGCUCUUCUUGGAGACUGUGGGGAGGCAGCAGCCAAUCAGAGUGCAGAGGAGUGUGUACAGAGAGUUCCUGUUCCUCACUUUGGCAGCAAUGGGCAAAGACCACGUUGCUGCAUUCGAUAAGAAGUACAAAGUGGCAUACUCAAAGCUCAGUGGGACUCUGAGUCGAGAGGAACUCCGGAAAAAACGAGUCCAGCCCCCGACUCCCAAAGCCCUGGACUGUCGGAGGUCCUUCCACCCCCCCCUGGAGUGUUAGGUACCAGGGACCCUCAUCCCCAGGAACCAGGGAUCCUCUGGAGUGCUAAGAACCAGGGACCCUCACAUGCUGGAGUGUUAAGAACCAGCCAGUGAACAGACCAUAAUAUCGCCAAAACCUGCUCCAAAGCUCACCCCGGCAUCACCCCGUAUACACCCGUAACUAUGCAGUGGUUGCACAAUAGGAGCUGUGCACUGUACAAAAAAAAUGGGAUUCUGAGGAUUGAUUUAGAUCUGAUGGUUCUGAUUAGUGCCGAGGUCUCUCCUCUAGACCGAGGAGUAACACCAUUGUGGCAGAGCUCUGAACGCUGUCUGGCUUUUGAAUCUGAUUUAAAGAAAAGCUAGUUUAAUAAUAGACUUUGUGUUCCAAACUGCAGACUAACAGGCCCCACCUCUUCAGAGUGACAUUUCAACUGCAGUAUUCAAACAUGCAUGAAUCACUUAAAGCCACAGUAUAUAACUUUUUAGCCAAAAAUUGUUUCAUAUAAAAGCAUGUUUUUUCAUGCAUCCUUACUGUGAGUGGGCUUGUGUCUCCACAAACCUGACCCUUGUUUCCACAGAAAUGUUGUCCUUUGGGAUAUAAUAUUCCACGGUAUGGCAUAAAAUGUAUCUGUCUCCAUUGAGCUUUAACUUUUUAUUUCCACGGAAUAAUACAUAUGACAUGCCGCCACCAGAAAGUUACAUACUGUUGCUUUAAAAUACAAGAAUUAAGAUGAUUAAGUAAAAGCAUUAAGACAUGUUUAAAAGAUCAUACCCAUGUUACAGAAUAUGAGUUCAAAAAGCCAGAUCAAAAUCCAACUUGAAAUCUAAACAAUCCAGAAUCCCUCAUUUAAACUGUUUGUACUUUUUGUGAUAUUUGAAUUUAGAUUUCAUCUGCACUGAAGCAGCUCCACCUGGGACUGAAAUGUGAAUCUGGGAUGCACUGAAGUCUGACAUGGCUCAUCAAAAAGGGAUGAAUGGGAAAAUUUGAGAUUUUAAAGUGAUGUUGACCUCAGCUCUGAGACACGUCCAGAUCAUGUGGGAUUUUUUUUUUUAAAAGACAAAUAUUUUGUGCUUCCAUUUUGUUUGUUUUAUUUUUGUCUUUUUGCACAAGUCCAAGUAUUUAGAUAUCGGCUUGCCUGCUCUUUUGGCGUGAGUUAACCACAACAACUGGGUGUAUUUCAUUUAAAAGUUCCACUUCAGCAAAACAUGAACAAUAUAACAUACAAGGAAAGAAACUGUAUUAAACCCCCUCUUCCCCCUCCCUUCAGGCAUCUGACGGUCUUUGACAAUAAUACAGUGGCGAAACUUAACAAAAACAACAUAAUUUUGUCUCCACAUGUACACCACAUUUUUGGCACUCAAACUGCGAGGAUCCAGUCUGAGCAGCCAGUCCCUUCUACAUUCUGUUUGAAUCCAGAAAGGUCUGGCGUCGGACCAUAGAGCGUGACCUCACAUGACAUGUCUCUCAAACGCAGAAGAUGUCUCCUCUCUGCAUCAUUCAUAACAAAAUCUAUCACUUCUUUUACCUGAGAUAAAGAACAGUUUGGUGCUUCCAUUGUUGAUUCUUCAAAAAUCUGCUAUUUUUCAGUCCUCUGUUUUAUUUUAUAUAUAUAUUUUUUAACAUAAGAGGCCAUUUGUUUUGAUACAAAUAGAGCAUGUGUCUCUGAUUGGCUAAUCUGCCUCUUAAUAAGCCCUCUGAAAUCCGGGUGACAGGUAUGGUCCCACUCAUCUUAACCUCAAAAUGACAGGGUUCCUGGUUCAAUUCCCAGACUCUGUGAGGCACAUAUUUGGAGUUUGCAUGUUCUCCCUGUGUCUGGAUAGGUUUUUCCCAUCAAAUGCAAGUUUACCCAGAGACACUGCAGGAUGGGUCAAAUGCAGAGGACAGAAAAAUGUACCUUAACCUAACAUUUGGGCAUUUAGAUAAGUUUUAAAAUGAAUCCAAGUCUGCAUUACACCAUUCACAUUCACUCUUAUGGCAGUCAGACGUCUUUGGGCAAUUCUGCAUUUUCAUUAAAAAAAAAACUAACUAAACAUCACCCUAACUUCAUUUCUUUGCUUUAAUGUUCACAUUUUAGUUUAAAAAUGAAUUAAAAAUGUAGACUUUUGUAAAUGAGUCCAGAGGAAGUAUUUAUGUGAGAGAAUGACAGAAGUUUACAGGAUGAACGGCCGCAUUCAGAAAACCUUUUUAAAGCAUGUGUUUGUGCAAAAGUCUCAAACCAGCAUCAAAACCCAGACUAACCCAGGACUCUGCCCUCCACUGAUGUUGCCCCCCAGAAACCAGGACUGAACCAGGACUAAACCAGGAAUAAACCAGGACUGAAUCUGGACUAAAUCAGGACUUUGUUGUUUUUCCACUGGAGUUACUGCAACACUUUCUCAUGUGGUACUUUAGUUCAACUUUUUCUUGUAGAUUUUUUUUAAGCUGUAAUCUGUUUACAAUUGUAUUUUUGUUACUUAUUAAAAAUAUUCUUUGUUUUUCUUAAAUCUCAUUUGUUGACAUCAGUGGAGGGCAUUUCUCAAACUGCUCAUUGUGUUUUUAUGGAAGUUUAUGUUUGAAUGUUCAGUACAGAGCUGUACACCCGCGGGAACACAGCCGUAUACUUGCAGGGGCUGUACACCCGUGGGAGCAGAGAGCCGUACACCUGCAGAAGCUGUAAAGCUGCAGGAAUUGUACACCUGUGGGAGCCUGUAUUUAAAGCCGUUUGUUGUGUUUUUGCUGUUACUGUAAUUUAUCUGUUUGUGAAUUCUAUUGUAAAUGUUUUGCUUUUUUAAGAAAAUGAGAUUAAAACAGCAACAAGCUCAAGUCAAGGACCAAGUGUUUUAAUCCAGAUUCACUGAAACAGUUUCAUUCAUGACUUCUUUAGUUCAGUUUAAUAAAUUAAAGCAUAUCUUUUUUACUUAAUUAACAAUAAUAAUCAUUGUGUUCUCAUUUGUGUUUUGAGUUCUUCUCGAACUGAAAAAAAAAACAAAAACCUGAUGACACUUCCACCUUGUGAUGUCAUGUGGUAAUACAGGAAGUGCUACACUAUAUUUUUAAACUCCAUACACCUUCACUAGAAUCAUUUGGAUCUUUUCAGCCCUGGAAUUGCCAAUCUCCACUAAACAAAAGAUAAAAGGAGCUGUUAACUUGAAAACUACCACUAUAUGACAGAGCAUUUUGAGCUUUGGAGAUGUAGACCCAUUAAUAAUAAACUCAAACAUGUGUGAAUGAAACAAACAAAUGUUUUUGAUGAGGUAACAUUCACACAUGGCUUAAAGCUGACAAGAGUCAGUUUGGUGUAGUACCAGACCUGCAGAGGUCAGGUGAGCAUGUGUGACAAAGCCAGUGGAAAAUGUUGGAGAUAUUUUUUGUGGUCUUUCAGAUGCAUGUUUUCUAAAUAAUGAGCCCUCAAAAUGUACACAUACACGUUACAUUUAUAAUUAAUUGUGUUCCAAGUCAUGUACUGUCAAAUUCCAGAUAUGUGCGUCAGAUUCCCUCCCAUGCUCCUGUAUCCCUGUGUCAGAUGCCCUCCCAUCGUCCUGUGUGUCAAAUGCGCCCCCAUCCUCUCAUAUCCUUGUGUCAGAUGCCCUUCCAUCCUCUCAUAUUCUUGUGUCAGAUGUCCUCCCAUCCUCCUGUGUGUUAGAUGCCCUCCCAUCUCCUGUGGGUCAGAUGUCCUUCCAUCCUCCUGUAUCCCUGUGUGCCAGAUGCCCUCCCUGUAGAGUCCUUGAAGGAUGUAGUUUUAUUGUGAAAGUACCGGUGCUGCUCUCGGGCAGAUGAGACCGAUGCAGCAGUGAAUCAUGACAUCUGCACGGGCGAAUUUCUACUGGAGAACACGCCGCUCCACCUAUCCUCCGGCUGUAGACCGGCUGUGAACCGGACCAGGACCGAGAUUAAUGGAUCAAACCCGGGCUCGUCUUUGAGGCUGCUCCGGAGAAAACAGCGCUGCCUCCGCCGUCGGGCUGAAACAUGAGAGAGUCUGUGCUCCUGCUGCUCUUCAUCCAAG